AUGCAGGCUGCGCGUCGAAUAGCCACCCUGGAUGAAUUUGUUUCGUUUGUCAAUCGUGAAGGCAUCACCAGUCUGGGGAGUUGGAUUGAACGGCAACGAAAUAAGAACAUUCCACAGAAAUAUAAUCAAGCAACACGACGGAUCAGCACUGCAGGCGUGACCAUUGUGGAUUUGCGAUCUCACUGGCAGGCUCAGCUGACUGCCCAGGUAUCACUUCAGUCCAGCCCACCUGUUCGUGUCCAACGCGAGCUGGGCAAGAUAGUCAGCCUUCAAAAUCAAAUCGAAGAUAUCGAUGACACUCUGGAGCAACUCCAGAAGACCAUUGACGAUCGACAGAGCUCUAAUUCAGCGCACAUUGCGAUCAAAGAUCUACAAUGCACUCAUAGCAAGCUUAGUGAACAAGCUGUGCAUCUGUACACUUCCCUUGACCUGGAGACUCAUUACCCAGAACUGGCUGGACUUCCCUUUGAAUUUGUUCAAACACUGCUGCUGAUGAGGGAUCUCAAAAUACAGAUACGAAAACAAGCGAUUGGAACAUUCCUAGAAUGGGAGAAUUUAGACCGUGCUGUCCAAGGACGUCGGGAGCCACUGGGUACAAAGCUUCAUCAAGCAGCUCGGAAGGCCCUUUCAAAACGUCAGCCCGCGCUGCAUCGUCUAAUCGACAAGUUCAACUCCUUUUGCUCUCGACUGGAAGAAAUUCAGCCCCCACACUGCUCUGUUCCUAUCCCUCUCCCACUGCCUACCAAACUGAACGAGCUUAAGUCUCACACCAACCUCUUCGAAGAUAUAUGGAUCACUCCCUCCGAGGGGGGUGUUCCAUUGUGGCUGUGUGAUGAGAAUGUCCGGCAGGGAAUUUCCAGUCUCCAUGUACUUGAUCGCUGUCAUGAGGAAGACCUCCGCCUGUCCCGAGAGAGUGAAAAUAUGCUACGCUGGAUUGAUCAGGAGUCUUUGCUGCUCGCGUCGGCCAAGGAGCGCCACUCGAAUCAUAUUCUGCACCAUGAGCUUGAACAAGAAGCCAAAUUCCUCUCGCGUGUUUCUUCUAGAUGGCGUCGUCAGUUGCAAAUUCCACAACCUCUGCUUCUGGCCAUUGAUCCAAGGUUGACCACCCACUCGCAAAAUUCUGCCCCUGCGGCACCCCCUGCGGCACCCCCCGCGGCAUCCCCCGCGGCACCCCCCGUUUCACCCCCUGCCGCCGCUUUACCCUCUGACCCUGCCGUCAAUUUGUCAAUGGUUGAACCUGUUGAAGAUGAUAUGAAUGAGUCCCCAUGGGCUGAUUCUGAGAAUAUAUCCCCGGAUGAAGUUGAGGCCUGUCCUUCAGACUCCGAAGAGGCCCUUGCUGUAACAGAUAUGAUGGAAACGGAUGACGAUGAAGACACAGCAACACUCAAGCGUGAUCAUUGCCAUGUCCAAGUUUCCUGGGCUUCCCUUGCAAAAUCUCGAUCCACUUGUGAUACUCAUUUCGUGAGAGAUCUCACAGCACACGUCACAAGAUUUCCUGUGAUACGUGAUCUUCAACCCCGUGUUGUUGCUCUCCCUGGAAACCUUCCCACCAUUGUCGUAGAUCCCAACGAUUUAGCGCUGCUCACGGAUUCCACAGCCCGACUGAAUGGACACAUCCUCAAUGGUGUGUCAGCAGCAGUUCUCUCAUGGUGCAUGCAACCCUUCUCCUUGCAUGCACAGUCUGCGCAGAGAUGUGCUCUUUUAUCGACAUAUGAUCUGCAUCGCGUUCGUUUCAAUGCUCCCGAUAAAGCUAUCUGGAAAAGUCUGGCUCCUACAGAGUAUUGGAAAAAGUCGGUCUGGAUUGUUCCAGUCCACCGACAAGCCCAGGAGCACUGGGCUCUUGUCAUCGUCCUUGUACACGAACAAAAGCUCCUCCUCUUUGACAGCUUGGCUCAGAAGCGUCCGUGGUACACUGAUACAAAGAAUAUUAUGUUACUGGUGACCCGGAUGACACUCCUGGCACAUCGAAACGGACAUUCGCUCCCUUUGAGCAUGGACGGGGAGGCCUGGACUGCAGAGCCCAUGAUUUCUAUCGCAGUCCAGUGCAACAGUUACGAUUGCGGUGUUUGGGUCCUUGUCAUGAUUGCAGCUGUUCUCCGUGGAAUGCUGGGAUCCAACAUCACUGAACCGGAAAUUCCUUUUCUACGACACACUCUCACCAACUUCAUGCUGACACUUCCAUGCAAAUCGUCCUGA